UACGUAACUCGUUCGAUAUUUUCACAACGGAUGUCGCUGUCGUCGUACUCGUCCUUUAUAGCUCGCGUUAAAAGAACAGGUUAAGUGUUAAGAAAAUUCAAUUUCAGGCAUGGCAUUUAUAUAUACGAAAAUGAUUUCCAAUCCAGUACUCGGGAUCACCGUCAAACAACUAUUUUACUUCGAACAUCUAUUAACGAAACAAAAAUUAUACGGUACAUUCCGUAUAAAAUCGCGUUUAUCGGACACGAUAACUCAAAGGUUGUAUAGCACGAAACAAGUAUUCAGCAGAGAUAAACCACAUUGUAAUGUUGGAACAAUCGGUCACGUGGAUCAUGGAAAAACGACUCUUACCGCAGCUAUCACUAAAGUCCUUGCCGAAAAGGAGCUCGCAAAACUGAAACAAUACAGUGAAAUAGACAAUGCACCUGAAGAAAAAGCUCGUGGCAUUACCAUUAAUGUGGCUCACAUUGAAUAUCAGACAGAAAGUCGACAUUACGGUCAUAUGGAUUGUCCAGGACAUGCAGAUUAUAUUAAAAACAUGAUCACUGGUACGGCGCAAAUGGAUGGAGCCAUCCUUGUUGUCGCUGCUACAGACGGUACUAUGCCGCAAACAAGAGAGCAUCUUGUACUAGCUAAACAAAUUGGUAUCGAUCAUGUUAUUAUUUUCAUCAAUAAGGUCGACGCAGCGGACAAUGAAAUGGUUGAUUUAGUAGAACUAGAGAUAAGGGACCUAUUAACUGAAAUGGGUUACGAUGGGACAAAUGUUCCCGUUAUUAAGGGCAGCGCACUUCACGCGCUGAAUGGUACUGAGCCGGCACUAGGACGGGAUGCUGUACUCAAAUUGUUAGAUGCUGUUGAUACUUAUAUUCCAACGCCCACAAGAGAAUUAGACAAACCGUUUUUAUUACCAAUAGAGAACGUUUACUCGGUUAUGGGAAGAGGCACGGUAGUUACAGGCAGAUUGGAACGUGGAAGAAUUAAAAAAGGCACGGAUUGCGAAUUGAUCGGGUUCAAUAAAGUAAUAAAGACCACCGUAACGGGAAUAGAAAUGUUUCACAAAACGUUGGAGGAAGCGCAAGCGGGUGAUCAAUUAGGUGCUUUAGUUAGAGGUUUAAAAAGGGACGAUGUUAAAAGAGGAAUGAUACUCUGUAAACCAGGUAGCAUGAAAGCCAAUGAUCAUGUAGAAUGUCAACUAUAUAUGUUGACUCCAGAAGAGGGAGGUAGAAAAAAACCUGUUGGCGAUAUGACUCAACCUCAAAUGUUUUGCAAAACAUGGGACGUCGCGUGUCAGAUGAAUUUAAUCCAGAAAAAAAUGAUCAUGCCCGGUGAAGAUUUUACUGCUGUAUUGAAAUUAAUAAGGCCGAUGGUAUGUGAAAAGGGACAGAGAUUUACAUUGAGGGAUGGAAUAAAAACUUUAGCAACUGGAGUAAUAACGAAUAUUUUGCCAGGACUAAGUGACGACGAUCGAUUGUUGCUUCUCGAAGGUAAAAAGAAAAUCGCGAAACUGAUGGCGGCAGAAGCUUAAUUUUCCAUUAUUUUUUUUGCAUUUAUCCUAUAUACCUUAAUAAGAGAAACCAAAUAGAAAUCUUAAUAAGAGAAACACGCUCGCGUGUAUAGACUAGACGUACGGAUAUUAUCGUGGUAUAAUUAUUCAGUUACAUAAUUAUCACUCUAUAGUUAUGUACAUUACGUUACUUGCAACUUAUUUUUAUGCUAUCACAUUUACUACCAUUUUAUUGUAUGUAAACACACGUGUAUCUGAUGAAUAAUAAAUAAAAUG